AUGGGCUACAGAGGGCGUGAGUUGAUGGUGAACAUAGGUAAAGUGGCUGCGCAAUCUGGCGGAUCUUUCGGCAUAUUUUUAUUGGUUGCACAGCUUUUGAGGUGCUAG